GCCCACGCCAUGUUCUCUCCUGACCGGCGCAACCCCACCCUUGGUCUCCGCUCUUCAGUUGCCACCACCACCACCGCUGUCUCCACCUUCACCGUCUAUCUCCGAUGAUAGAUCGACAUACAUAUGUACAUGAUAAGUCGACUCUUGGAAUUUGAUAAUUGCUAGGGUAUAUUAAGAUAUAUUAUCAGAAAUAAUGUAUCAGUGGAGGAAAUUCGACUUUUUCGAGGAGAAAAAGACCAAAUUUCCGGAUGAGAUAGAGGGCGAAAUCCAAUGCUGUUCUAGCGGCAGAGGCAGGAUCGUGCUGGGUUUACAGGACGGUACCGUUUCGCUGCUCGAUCGUGGCCUCCAGCUUCAGUACUCCUUCCCUGCUCACUCUUCCUCGGUGCUCUUCCUGCAGCAACUCAAGCAACGGAACUGCUUAGUGACUGUAGGAGAGGAUGAGCAAAUGCCACCGCAGCAAGCGGCUGUAUUUCUUAAGGUUUAUGACCUCGAUAAAAGGCAAGAAGAGGGUUCGAGUGCAUCAAGACCAGAGUGUGUUCAGAUUUUGCGGAUAUUUACAAACCAAUUUCCUGAAGCAAAGAUUACAUCUUUUUCAGUUUUUGAGGAAGCUCCACCAAUUAUAUUUAUUGCCCUUGGGCUGGACAACGGAUGUAUUUAUUGCAUUCAAGGUGACAUUGCCCGUGAGCGAAUUAAGAGGUUCAAGCUUGAGGUUGACAGUGCUAAAUCUGGCAAAACUCAUUCAGCUGUUACGGGUCUUGGGUUCCAAGUUGAUGGUCAAGCGUUUCAACUCUUUGCCGUAACUCCAAGUUCAGUUAGUUUGUUUAAUUUGCAGACUCAAACACCUACAGGGAAGAUACUUGAUGAGAUUGGUUCGGAAACUGCUAGUGUGGCCAUGAGCGACCGCUCGGAGCUGAUAAUUGGUCGGCAUGAAGCUGUCUAUUUUUAUGAAGUUGAUGGUCGAGGACCUUGUUGGGCCUUUGAGGGAGAGAAAAAGUUUCUUGGCUGGUUUCGCGGUUAUCUUUUGUGUGUUAUUGCCGAUCAAAGAACUGGCAAGAAUACUUUCAACAUUUAUGAUCUAAAGAACCGUCUAAUAGCGCAUAGCAUAGCAGUUCAAGAAGUUUCUCACAUGCUCUGUGAAUGGGGUAACAUAGUACUAAUAAUGACAGACAAAUCUGCUCUUUUUAUUGUGGAAAAGGAUAUGGAGAGCAAGUUAGAUAUGCUUUUUAAGAAAAACCUAUACACAGUAGCUAUUAAUCUUGUCCAGAGUCAGCAAGCUGAUGCCGUAGCAACAGCUGAAGUGCUAAGGAAAUACGGUGAUCAUUUGUAUAGCAAACAAAACUAUGAUGAAGCAAUGGCUCAGUACAUCCAUACUAUUGGCCAUCUAGAACCUUCGUAUGUCAUACAAAAGUUUUUGGAUGCACAGAGAAUUUACAACCUAACAAAUUACUUGGAGAAGUUACACGAGAAGGGGCUUGCAUCCAAAGAUCACACCACUCUUUUACUUAACUGUUAUACCAAACUGAAAGAUGUUGAGAAGCUGAAUUUAUUCAUUAAAAGUGAGGAUGGGAUGGGGGAACACAAAUUUGAUGUGGAAACUGCUAUAAGGGUAUGUCGAGCUGCCAAUUACCAUGAGCAUGCGAUGUAUGUAGCCAAGAAGUCCGGGAGACAUGAAUGGUACUUGAAGAUUUUGCUUGAGGACUUGGAUAGAUAUGAUGAAGCAUUGCAGUACAUAAAUAGUCUUGAGCCAAGUCAAGCCGGGGUGACUGUUAAAGAGUAUGGGAAAAUUCUCUUGGAGCACAAGCCAAAGGAAACAAUUCAAAUACUGAUGAGGCUUUGUACUGAAGAAGGAGAACCGGCCAAAAGGGGAUCCUCAAGUGGAACCUUUUUAUCCAUGUUGCCAUCUCCAGUUGAUUUUCUCAAUAUUUUCGUGCAUCAUCCACAGUCACUUAUGGAGUUUCUCGAGAAAUAUACCAACAAAGUGAAGGACUCACCUGCUCAAGUUGAAAUUCAUAACACCCUAUUGGAGUUAUACUUGUCCCAUGACUUGGACUUUCCAUCCCUUUCCCAAACUGGCAACAACAAAAAUGGUAGCCUUAGAGCAGAUAGAGGAUCACGUUCUGGUGCAAUGUCAAGAGCAAAAUCUAAUGGAAGAAUGAAUUCUGAUGGCGUGAAUGAGGAGAAAGAUCGCCAGGAGAGACAUCAAAAGGGGCUGCUCUUGCUCAAAAGGGCAUGGCCGUCUGAUCAGGAGCAGCCACUGUAUGAUGUUGAUCUUGCCAUUAUUUUGUGUGAAAUGAACUCUUUUAAAGCAGGUCUCUUGUUUCUGUAUGAGAAGUUGAAACUAUAUAAGGAGGUGAUUGCCUGUUAUAUGCAGGCACAUGAUCAUGAAGGUUUAAUUGCAUGCUGCAAGAGACUAGGGGAUUCGGGUAAGGGUGGUGACCCUUCUCUUUGGGCUGAUGUAUUAAAGUAUUUUGGUGAACUGGGAGAAGAUUGCUCCAAAGAGGUUAAAGAAGUUUUGACUUAUGUAGAGAGAGAUGAUAUCUUGCCUCCAAUUAUAGUUGUUCAAACCUUGUCAAGAAAUCCAUGCCUUACGCUUUCUGUUAUUAAAGAUUACAUAGCUCAGAAGCUGGAACAGGAGUCAAAGCUGAUUGAGGAGGAUCGAAUAGCCAUCGAAAAGUAUCAGGAGGAAACAGCAGCAAUGAGAAAAGAAAUCCAGGAUCUUAGAACAAAUGCCAGGAUUUUCCAGCUCAGCAAGUGCACAGCUUGCACUUUCACUCUUGACCUUCCUGCUGUCCAUUUUAUGUGCAUGCAUUCAUUCCAUCAACGCUGUCUCGGUGACAAUGAGAAAGAAUGUCCCGAGUGUGCUCCCGAGUACAGAGCUGUUCUAGAAAUGAAGAGAAACUUAGAGCAGAAUUCUAAAGACCAAGAUCUCUUCUUCCAACAAGUCAAAACUUCAAAAGAUGGCUUUUCUGUGAUUGCUGAGUAUUUUGGUAAGGGAAUCAUCAGCAAAACUAGCAAAGGACCUGCUGAAGCUCUUGAACCGACCAAUGAUUAUUCCAACGGCAAUUUCUGAGAAACUUCUUCACCUUUCCCCAUAAAGUAAGAUAUGCUUGCGAUAUCUCUAUUUCAUGCAAUGGCCUCUCCAGGAAGCACGGCCACCAAUAGCCGCAAUUUGUUCAUGAUUGAACUUAGCUGGGAUUUUGCGAGAACACUAGCUAGGCUUCCUUGAAGCUUUACAUAUGCAAGUCAUUAUUGCAAAUUCAGUUAUCUUAAAGAAAGCAGUUUGUGUAUGAUUUGGUUCAAAGGUUUAACGAUUUCUCUCCCAUAGGUCGUGCUAUUAUUUGGCUGUAAGAUCCACUAUGUUGUGUUUUAGUGUUUUUGAUUGAUUGAGGUCUUUUGUUUUUCCAUAGAAUCAAUUAAUUUCUGUAUCAUCGGAUUUAUGAUGUAAUGUUUAUGCAUUUAUCUGGGGGGUGAUAUGUGGAAGGAUUCUGUUUA